GAUUAAGUUGUACAUCAAAAGCAUUGAGAUGCUAGUGAAUACGAACCACAACCAAUAUACUUCGCAGAUCGAAAUGAUCUAUAUCAGAAUACAAAUGGCGCAGGUUAGUUUCCCGCCGACGAGUGGCUACUCGUCGAUCGGUACUUAUCCCGAGGACCACGAAAAGGUCGACGCCCAGCUGGAGGACACCAAUAAAGGUGCCCGACAUCAUCCAGCCUCCCCCGAGGUACAUUGCGUGACAGCCAACAUGAAGAAACAUCAACUCCUCCCACCGCACAUACCGCGGCUCCAAUCCCACAUAAACAUCCCCCUGCGCCACACAGACCGUGGCUCCAGACCAACAUAAACACCUCGCGCCGUACAAGACCACGGCGCAACGACAUCCAACAUCCCCUGCGCCGUACAUACCACGGCUCCAAUCCAACACGAGC